GGAAGUGAAAUCUGGAGUCGGGCCGGAGCUCCGAGCGCCUGCAUUGAGGAGUAGUAGGUUAAGGGGAAGCUGUAGCCAUGGCUGUGGCCGUGGCUAUGGCGGGGAUCGUAACUGGGUCGGAGCCAGGCCCCGCGGAAGAACUCGCCAAACUCGAGUAUCUGUCUUUGGUGUCGAAAGUUUGCACCGAGCUGGACAAUCAUUUGGGGAUCAACGACAAGGACCUAGCUGAAUUUGUGAUCAGUCUUGCUGAGAAAAAUACAACUUUUGAUACUUUCAAGACUUCUCUGGUCAAAAAUGGUGCAGAAUUUACGGAUUCUCUUAUUAGUAACUUGUUGCGUCUCAUACAAACCAUGCGGCCUCCAGCAAAGCCUUCUACUAGCAAAGAUCCAGUUGUUAAACCCAAAACUGAAAAAGAAAAACUGAAGGAACUCUUCCCAGUCCUUUGUCAACCAGACAACCCUUCUGUUCGGACCAUGCUGGACGAGGAUGAUGUGAAAGUUGCUGUGGAUGUCCUGAAAGAACUGGAAGCUUUAAUGCCCAGCGCAGCAGGCCAGGAGAAGCAAAGAGACACUGAGCACCGGGAUAGGACAAAGAAGAAGAAGCGGAGUCGGAGCCGAGAUCGAGACAGAGAUAGAGAACGAGAUCGAGACCGAGAUAGAGACCACAAGCGGAGACACCGAUCCCGCUCUCGAUCACAUUCCAGGACCCAGGAAAGGAGUAAAGGGAAGUCUAGAUAUUGGUCCAGGAGCAGGAGUCAGAGUCCUCCCAAAGACCGGAAGGACCGGGACAAAUAUGGAGAAAGGAAUCUGGACAGAUGGCGGGAUAAGCAUGUGGAUCGCCCUCCCCCUGAAGAGCCUGCCAUCGGGGACAUUUACAAUGGCAAAGUUACCAGCAUCAUGCAGUUUGGAUGUUUUGUACAGCUGGAGGGACUAAGAAAGCGGUGGGAAGGCCUGGUACACAUCUCUGAGCUCCGGCGAGAAGGCCGUGUGGCCAAUGUGGCUGAUGUGGUGAGCAAAGGCCAGAGGGUCAAGGUCAAAGUGCUGUCCUUCACUGGGACCAAGACCAGCCUGAGCAUGAAGGAUGUGGAUCAAGAGACUGGAGAAGAUCUAAACCCAAAUCGACGAAGAAAUCUUGUUGGGGAGACCAACGAGGAGACCUCAAUGCGGAAUCCGGACAGACCCACUCACCUCUCCCUUGUCAGUGCCCCUGAAGUAGAGGAUGACUCGCUGGAGCGCAAGCGCCUCACCCGCAUCUCUGACCCAGAGAAGUGGGAGAUCAAGCAGAUGAUUGCUGCCAAUGUCCUUUCCAAAGAAGAGUUUCCAGACUUUGAUGAAGAGACCGGCAUUCUCCCUAAGGUGGAUGAUGAAGAAGUGAAACAACUCAGUUCCAACCCAGAUGGCUCCCUCUCCCAAGCAGCAAUGAUGCAGAGUGCCUUGGCCAAAGAAAGGCGGGAACUCAAGCAGGCCCAGCGGGAAGCCGAGAUGGACUCUAUUCCUAUGGGACUCAACAAACACUGGGUUGAUCCUCUGCCUGAUGCGGAAGGUAGGCAGAUUGCUGCCAACAUGAGGGGUAUUGGGAUGAUGCCCAAUGACAUUCCCGAGUGGAAGAAACAUGCCUUUGGGGGCAACAAAGCUUCUUAUGGAAAAAAGACCCAGAUGUCAAUCAUUGAGCAGAGGGAGAGCCUGCCCAUCUACAAACUGAAGGAGCAGCUGGUCCAGGCUGUCCAUGACAAUCAGAUCCUGAUUGUGAUUGGAGAGACAGGAUCUGGGAAGACAACCCAGAUCACUCAGUACCUGGCAGAGGCAGGUUACACUUCCAGGGGCAAGAUUGGGUGUACCCAGCCCAGAAGAGUGGCAGCCAUGUCGGUGGCCAAAAGAGUGUCGGAGGAGUUUGGUUGUUGCUUAGGCCAAGAGGUGGGCUACACCAUUCGAUUCGAGGACUGCACCAGCCCUGAAACAGUCAUCAAGUACAUGACAGACGGGAUGUUGCUCAGAGAGUGUCUGAUUGACCCUGACCUCACCCAGUAUGCGAUCAUCAUGUUGGACGAGGCACACGAGAGGACGAUUCACACUGAUGUGCUUUUUGGAUUGUUGAAAAAGACGGUUCAGAAGCGGCAGGACAUGAAGCUGAUUGUCACUUCAGCCACCUUGGAUGCAGUGAAAUUUUCUCAGUACUUCUAUGAAGCUCCCAUCUUCACCAUCCCGGGUCGAACAUAUCCAGUGGAAAUACUGUACACAAAGGAACCUGAGACAGAUUAUCUGGAUGCCAGUCUGAUCACUGUCAUGCAGAUUCAUUUAACAGAGCCACCAGGUGAUAUCCUGGUCUUCUUGACUGGUCAGGAAGAGAUCGAUACUGCUUGCGAAAUCCUAUAUGAAAGAAUGAAAUCCCUGGGACCUGAUGUUCCAGAGUUGAUUAUCCUCCCAGUGUACUCUGCUCUUCCCAGUGAGAUGCAGACCCGAAUCUUUGACCCAGCUCCACCUGGUAGCAGAAAGGUCGUGAUUGCCACCAACAUUGCAGAGACAUCUCUGACAAUUGAUGGCAUCUACUAUGUGGUGGACCCUGGAUUCGUGAAGCAGAAAGUUUACAAUUCCAAGACAGGGAUCGACCAGCUUGUGGUGACGCCAAUUUCUCAGGCUCAGGCAAAGCAACGAGCUGGCAGAGCUGGGAGAACAGGCCCAGGAAAGUGUUAUAGGCUGUACACGGAACGUGCCUACCGAGAUGAAAUGCUGACCACCAAUGUGCCAGAAAUCCAGAGGACCAACUUGGCAAGCACAGUGCUGUCUCUCAAGGCCAUGGGCAUCAAUGAUCUGCUGUCCUUUGACUUCAUGGAUGCCCCUCCAAUGGAGACCUUGAUCACAGCCAUGGAGCAGCUGUACACUCUGGGGGCCUUGGAUGAUGAGGGCCUGCUCACUCGCCUAGGCCGCAGGAUGGCAGAGUUCCCUCUGGAGCCAAUGCUGUGCAAAAUGCUCAUCAUGUCUGUGCAUCUGGGCUGCAGCGAGGAAAUGCUGACCAUCGUCUCCAUGCUGUCUGUGCAGAACGUCUUCUACAGGCCCAAGGAUAAACAAGCCCUUGCAGAUCAGAAGAAGGCCAAAUUCCACCAGACGGAAGGGGACCACCUCACCCUGCUGGCUGUGUACAACUCAUGGAAGAACAACAAGUUCUCCAACCCAUGGUGCUACGAGAACUUUAUCCAGGCUCGCUCCCUGCGCCGGGCCCAGGACAUUCGCAAGCAGAUGUUAGGCAUAAUGGACAGACACAAACUGGAUGUGGUCUCCUGUGGCAAGUCUACAGUGCGAGUGCAGAAGGCCAUCUGUAGCGGGUUCUUCCGCAAUGCUGCCAAGAAGGACCCACAGGAGGGUUACCGGACACUGAUCGACCAGCAGGUGGUCUACAUCCAUCCUUCCAGUGCUCUCUUCAACAGACAGCCGGAAUGGGUCGUGUACCAUGAGCUGGUGCUGACCACGAAGGAGUACAUGCGGGAAGUCACUACCAUCGACCCCCGGUGGCUCGUUGAAUUUGCCCCGGCCUUCUUCAAGGUCUCUGACCCAACCAAACUGAGCAAGCAGAAGAAGCAGCAGCGUCUCGAGCCCUUGUACAACCGCUACGAGGAGCCCAACGCCUGGAGAAUAUCCCGGGCCUUCCGGCGGCGCUGAAGGGUGAGGUUGUCCCCUUGCCUCUGCUGCAGCAGUAGCCCAGGGCUUGGACUUACUCCACUGAUGAAAAGCUGGUCCUGAGGACACUGAUGAAAAGCUGUCC